CAACGUGUGGCACGACUCUCGGAAAGUCAUUUCAGGCAUGAUUUCAAGAUAGUAUAUUUUUUCCUUUCUAAAACCCUAACACCAAAAACAAUCUCCCUCCCUCUCUCUUCUCCACAUGGCAUCUUUAGCUCUACCUGGAAGCUUUUUAGCUACCAGCAAACCUCGUCCUUGUAGAUAUGCUGCCGGAGACUCAAUUAUAAGAUGUAAUGUGGCAGAACCAUUAAGGUUUAACAAGGAGAAUGGGGGAUCAAGCAUGGCUCUUCAGAUUAAUGGUGACAGUUCAUUUAACAAUCUUUGGACCGCUAAUCAAGUAAGGAGAUUUCCAGUUCCACAUGCUCAAAAUGAUACUAGACUCCGGAUUUUCUCUGGCACUGCCAAUCCUGCACUUUCUCAGGAAAUUGCUUGCUACAUGGGUUUGGAACUUGGAAAGAUAAUGAUAAAACGUUUUGCUGAUGGCGAAAUCUAUGUCCAGUUACAAGAGAGUGUUAGGGGUUGUGAUGUAUAUCUUGUCCAACCUACGUGUCCUCCUGCUAAUGAAAAUCUGAUGGAACUCUUGAUAAUGAUUGAUGCUUGCCGUAGAGCCUCAGCCAAAAAUAUUACUGCAGUGAUUCCGUACUUUGGGUAUGCCCGUGCUGAUCGUAAGACUCAAGGUCGUGAAUCAAUUGCUGCCAAACUUGUAGCAAACCUGAUUACAGAAGCUGGUGCAGAUCGAGUUCUUGCUUGUGAUCUUCAUUCUGGCCAGUCAAUGGGUUACUUUGAUAUUCCAGUGGAUCAUGUACAUGGCCAGCCUGUCAUACUUGAUUACCUUGCCAGCAAGACUAUCUGCUCUGAUGAUCUAGUUGUGGUAUCUCCGGAUGUUGGUGGGGUUGCAAGGGCAAGAGCUUUUGCCAAAAAGUUAUCUGAUGCACCUCNUUUUUUUUUUUUUUUUCACUUUGUAAUGAAUUUGAUUGGCGAUGUUAGGGGAAAAGUGGCAGUUAUGGUUGAUGACAUGAUUGAUACGGCUGGUACUAUUGCAAAAGGAGCUGCCCUUUUACAUCAAGAAGGAGCCAGGGAAGUUUAUGCAUGCACCACUCAUGCGGUUUUCAGCCCUCCUGCGAUAGAGAGGUUGUCGAGUGGACUGUUUCAGGAGGUAAUCAUCACAAAUACCAUUCCGGUGGCAGAACAGAACUAUUUUCCCCAGCUGACCAUUUUGUCUGUUGCAAACCUCUUGGGCGAAACGAUUUGGCGUGUCCAUGAUGACUGCGCAGGCGGCUUUGAGCCUUACUCCGGCUUGGGAAUUGAUUAGUCCUUCAUGUUCAUUGCUUGUUUUGAAACUGUUAUCUGAAUCUUGAAGCAGUAUUUUUAAUGUUGCCUGGAGCUUGAAGCAGUAUGUAAAUCUACCAAAAUUUUCGUCUAGUAACAAAGAGAGCAUUUUCUGAUGUACAGAUAUUUUGUGCGGAAUGUUACAUUGUAAAUCUUUCAAUCAGUGACUUGGAUCCAUGUAGUAGAUGAGUCUUUUUGAUUAAUAUGAAGCUUAAUUGAAUUGCUAUUA